CACACUUUCAUUAUUGUCGCGAAUUCCAUGAAGCAAUUGAUUGAUUUUCAGCGCGAUCGCGGAAUCAGAUCGAUAGAAACCCACUCCUUAAGGUUGAGAGCACCUAUUUUGCGUGCACAUUCCAAGGCUACAGCAUCAGCAAGCCGCUCAGCGUAAGUGUUAUAACGUACGAUCUCUAUCUGUGCUUCUAGCCCCAACUAUUACGACAGCAUUUUCGAAGUCUCGCUUGUAAUCAUUCAAUGUAUAUAUAUAUAGUUCAGUAAAUUGAAUAGAUGGAUCAAGACGAGAGACACAUUUCGCCGUCUUUACUAUAAAGGAAAUGAAAUUACAAAUAUAUCUCGCUAUAAAGAAACAUCUUUACAAAUGGUAAAAAAAAUAAAUAAUAAAGUGAAAUGUUAUAAUUUAAAUAAGGGUUGUUUUCAAGAGGCUUCUUAAAAACUUAUUCACUGUACCAAAAACCUAGAAUUUCACAUCUUAUAAUUCAUUGAACGUGCGAAAUACCUAGAAUUCCACUUUUUUUAAAAAAUUAAUCCAGCGUGCCAACAACCUAGAAUUCCAGAUUUUAUAAUUCACUGAGCGUGGCAAAAACCUAGAAUUCCAGAUUUCGAGACACAUUUUAAAUAUCCUUUAUAAUUAUUUGGUCUUCCAUCUGCCAUUACAACAACAAAAAAAUGCUCAACGUGACACGUUUGGCACGCGUGCCACUGGUGGCACACUGACUCCUGAAACAACUUAUUAAUUUAAAUAAAGUUUCGUAAGAAUUUAUUUGUUUAAGCAUUUGUGCACUAAACUCAAUUUAUUAAUAUUGUAGUCCGUUUUUGUAAAACAAAAACUAUUUGCAUUUGCAAUAACUGACUGUGUCACGCAAAGGGCGUACGGCGCUGGACAAUGGAAGCCCAUCGUUAGGGUUUGAGCGACUGUCCCGGUGGAAACUUAUUGUUAGGGUUUGAGCGACUGUCCCGUUUGAAGCCCCCUGUUAGAGUUUGUGAGAUUGUCCCGGUAGAAAUCCAUUGUUAGAAAUGGAGAGAUUGUCCAGGUAGAAACCCAUUGUUAGACAGUGAGAGAUUGUCCCCAUUGUAACCCCUUGCUAGAGAUUGAGCGAUUGCCCCAGUAUAAACCUGUUGUUAGAGUUUGAGAGAUAGUCACCCUAUAAUCCCAUUGUUAGAGAUUGAAAGAUGGUCCAGGAAGAAACUUAUUUUUAGGCUUUAAGACAUUGUCGUGGUAUAAAUCUAUUUUUAGAUAUUGGGAGAUUGUCCAAGUAGAAACUUAUUUUUAAGGUUUAAGAUAUUGUCCCGGUCCAUAACUAUUUUUAGAGAUUGAGAGAUUGUCCCCCUAAAAGCCCAUUUUUAGAGAUUGUUAUUGUUAGAGUUUGAUGGAUUGCCCCGGUAGAAACCCUUUGCUAAAGUUUGAGAGAGUGUCCUUCUAGAAACCCAUUUUUAGAUUUGUGAGAUUCCCGCAUUGUCAUGGCAACCAGACGUCGCACAGGAGGCGGCGGAUCAAUACGCCUCUAUUACAACCAGACGUCACACAGGAGGCGGCGGAUCAAUACGCCUCUAUUACAACCAGACGUCGCACAGGAGGCGGCGGAUCAAUACGCCUCUAUUACAACCAGACGUCACACAGGAGGCGGCGGAUCAAUACGCCUCUAUUACAACCAGACGUCACACAGGAGGCGGCGGAUCAAUACGCCUCUAUUACAACCAGACGUCGCACAGGAGGCGGCGGAUCAAUACGCUUCUUUGACACCUGACUUAAACCUCGACUCUGAAAACCGAUUAAGGAUUUUUUUAAAAACAUCCUGUGGGUUUUGUACAUUUGCACCGCCAUUUGCGGUAGACGUGAAUCUAUGACCAAGAAGAUUACUAAUGAAGCAUCGUGAAAUGUGCUGUGAUGCACAGUUAAAGGAGAAAGAAGAGCUCUAUAAAACGUAUUUGGGCAAGGAUUAAUAUCCUGCGUUUCACAAACAUGGUCUUUCGAUGGGUUUGCUGUUUGGGACACGUAUGAUGCAUGUGAACAGCUUUCCCGUGCAUGAAGCACAUCAAAUCACAAGUGAGAACACGAAUUGCUGAUGUUCGUUUGGAAAACUGCUUGCAUGUAACAACAACAUCAGUUGAGAUCAAUUUGGAUGCCCUUGGUUCUGCUAAACAAAGUCCGAUGUCUCGCUUUUAAAUAAUUUAAAUUGUCUAAUAAAUAGGUUUGAUUCUCAGUUACGUUUUAUUUUCUUCACACUCCCCCCCCCCCCCAAAACCUAUUUCUUGUAUUUUUUACAUUAAACCAGGCAAGCGUUUGGCCCCGAUCUCACCCCCCCGCCAACCGACAAUGUGGUCGAAGCUGUAGCGCGCUUGCUUGUUUACUUAAAUUAACAACAACAGCAAAAAAAAAAAAAAUUAGAUGCGUGGCCCGACAGGAAAUAUUAUUUUCUGAAAUUUGACUCGCCUGCUGAAAAGGUUGGCCAGCCCUGGCAUAGAGUAAAGGGUAAUUUUAAAGUUAUAGGUUAAAUAACACCUCUAAGCAAAGUCUUUCGUAUAACUCCUUUAUUAAAUUUAAUAACGGGUGACUGAAAAUUUGACAAAACAUGCAUUCAACAAGUAGCGCACUUUAUAAGAAUCCCAAUAAGUGCUUACCCACCCCCCCCCCUCUCCCUUGCAAAGUCUCGAAACCGCACAUUUUUGUUCACGCCCCUAAACUAUAUAAAUAUUCUAAUGACCAACCCGCUUUUUCACCACAGAUAUAUAAUAUAAUAUUUCACCAACUAUUUCACCAACUAUUUCACCAACUAUUUCACCAACUAUUUCACCAACUAUUUCACCAACUAUUUCACCAACUAUUUCACCAACUAUUUCACCAACUAUUUCACCAACUAUUUCACCAACUAUUUCACCAACUAUUUCACCAACUAUUUCACCAACUAUUUCACCAACUAUUUCACCAACUAUUUCACCAACUAUUUCACCAACUAUUUCAGAAAAACUAAAUAAAAUAUCACGCACCAAACGCAUUAGCGCGGCUAUCGGGAGUGAUUUCCCUUCAUCUUCCCCCUGUAAAAUAGAAACAAAAAAAAUUUUGGGAGGGUUUGAAAUGAAAAUUUGAAAGAAUGUGUUGUCAUCGGCAACGAGUGUAUGUGCCUAAUUUCAGCUCGAUAGGUUGACGGGAAGCGGAUCAAUUAGCCAUCUGAAGAACAAAAGCGAAUUUAAUACAAAGGAUUUAAAAAUUGGAAGCAAACAGAGCUGGUGGGAGAAAUGAAAGAUCUAUUAACAGCUGUACCGCCUUCGUCAAAUAUGAGUCAUCGAUGAAACGGGGGAAAAGUUGUAGUCGGUGGUGGAAAAAAAAAGGGGGGGGGGUCUUUCUCAGGCUUCACACCAGGUGCCAAGUUACCUCGGCACGUUCCUCUGAAAAGAUAUUACUCAAUACAUGCACUGAUAUUUUAUAAGUUUAUGGGCGAUAUCAUAAAAUCGUUUGAAAAUUCACAAAUAUGCACACACACAUACACACACAAACAAUCACAAGUGCAGUAAAAAAAAAAAAAUUCGCACAACAGAUUUUGAAUGCCAAAUCUCUAGAACUGUUGGAAACCUUGCUUAAAACUGUUUACUCUAUCUCCCUCCCACAACAGAUGGCCAUCAUGACUUAUCAAUGCCGAGUGGACUUUGCAGUCAUUUUUGGACUGGUUGUCGAAGUCUUCGGCUGGAACUUACACAACGGGGGGCUGGUGACACACAGCUGGUCUGUCUCGGGUCUGGUCUCUCGUGGUGUCAUGCAGAACUGCUUCCUGGAUCUGUGCACCUCCAUCCCGCUGUCAGCGAUGUCCUGUAAGCGAUAGAGUAAAAUGAUGAUAAGACCGUAACACAGCUUGUAUGUAGUACAGGACUUCAAGCGAGAGCGUGUCAUUUAGAUGUGGUUGAAGACUGAAUCACCCACAUAUUGGUCAGUCAGGAUUUUAGGACAAGUUAUAAAUGGCUUUGUGCAGGGGGGCCGGUGGAAGCACUGCACCCCCCGGGGGCAAAGUCUGAAUUUAGGCGAUCGCUUCGAUAAUGAAGUAAAUAGGAAUGCACACAUUUUUAAUUUAAAAAAAAAAUAAUGACUUUGGCGCCAUUUGAACAUUGCCUCAAAGACAGGUGCCCCCCCCCCCCCCCCCCCCCCCCGCCCCCCAGGAAGCACUGCACCCCCCGGGGGCAAAGUCUGAAUUUAGGCGAUCGCUUCGAUAAUGAAGUAAAUAGGAAUGCACACAUUUUUAAUUUAAAAAAAAAAAUAAUGACUUUGGCGCCAUUUGAACAUUGCCUCAAAGACAGGUGCCCCCCCACCCCACCCCCCGCCUUGCCCCCCUGUUCUUCACGUGUCCCUGGUUAUGGAGCCUAAGUUUGCUGAACGGAACCCACACGAGUCUUAAUCUUAAUCUUAAUCUUAAUCUUAAUCUUAAUCUGACCACGUUUUGUUUUUAUUUUGUAUAACUUUAUAACUUUGAUAGAAAUUCUGCUGGUCGUUGAUUUUUAAAUUAAUUAUUUUUUAUGUUUUAGUUAAUUUGGUAGUACGACAAUACAGAAGGGAAGAUGACAAAUAAAAUCUUUUUUUUCCCAAAUAAAACCCGAUAGAGAAAAAAAUAUAUGCUUACAUAUCAUGUUCAUAGAAAGAUAUAUUUUUAAAAAAAUAUAUGCUUACAUAUCAUGUUCAUAGAAAGAUAUAUUUUUAAAAAAAUAUAUGCUUACAUAUCAUGUUCAUAGAAAGAUAUAUUUUUAAAAAAAUAUAUAUAUUCCUACUUUCAAACAAUUAACAAAGAAAUGUUAUUGUGUACCUUGCAGCAUACCAUAUUAAGGUGCUAUUCAUGGUGCUGACUGCCAAUGUUUGGGUUAUCGGUGCCAUGCUCCUGGCCUUCUACGACAUCUACAAGGGAUACAGACUCCAGGAGCAAAAUAAGUUUAUCCCAUGGAUAUGCGGAGCCCUCAGCAUCCUUGGAUGUAAGUAGACUAUCAGGAUGUGUGAGGAGACUGCCUGGAUGUGUGAGUAGACUGUCUGGAUGUGUGAGUAGACUGUCUGGAUGUGUUAGUAGACUGAUUGGAUGUGAGUAGACUGUCCGGAUGUGAGUCGUCUGAAUGUGAAUAGACUGUCUGGAUGUGAGUAGACUGUCUAGAUGUGAGUAGACUGUCUGGAUGUGAGUAGACUGUCUGGAUGUGAGUAAACUGUCUGGAUGUGAGUAGACUGACGUGGUGACUUGAAAAGCUCAUCAGUACAGAGCCCUUCAGAACGGGUAUUCCCAAACGUUCUGUAAAAACUGUCGCUAACUGUUAGACGUCUUCAAUGAUUUGUUUGUUUUCUGUUGAUGUUUUUUGAUAAAAUGUUUGUUUGAUAUUAUUAUUGAUUAUUAAAUACAAAGAUUAAAAACAUUAUAAUUACAGGCUAAAUUUUACAACCCCUAAAAGCAUAGUUUUCGUUUACAUUCUUUACAAAAUGUAAUAUCGAGCAAAAAAGGGGGGGGGGGGAGGGUAGAAAAUUUGAAAAAACAUGCAUCUCACUUUUAAAAAAUCAAUCCACACCCCCCCCCCCCUUUUUUUUUUCAAAACUCGCAACGGCACUUUUUAUUCAGUCGAACCCUGAACUAAAUUAACUUCUAAAGACCCACCCACUUUGACACAACAGGUUUAUUUCACCAAAGAUUUUAGAAAAACAUUUUUCAAAAAAAAAAAAAAAUCUGAUUUGGCGCAGUUAUAGGGAAUUCUAUUUUCUCUUUACCUUGAAAAAAAAACAGGGAAAACUUACUUUUAGGGGUUGAGGUUGGGGGUGGGGCUUGGAAAUUUGAAAGAAUGUGUUGUCAUCGGCUGCGAGUCUAUGUACCAAGUUUCAGGUCGAUGGGUUGACGGGAAGUGGGUCAAUUAGCCGUCCGAAGAAUGGCGAUGAAGGCACAAUAUUAAUAUUAAAAUGUAUCACUUUUUUUUUUUGUUCUUGUUUGCCCAUAGGUGCGUUCAUAGUGAUUGGUGAUGUUUUCUGGGUCGGGAAAAUCCACAGAGACCUCCGCUUGUCCAACAGGAACUUCAAACUGGACUACUCCUUCAUCAUGACCGCUGUUGCUGCAUUCCUCUAUCUCCUCUCUGGUCUUCUGUUCCUAUCAAGCCAACGAGAGGACUCGCCUAAACCACUUAGGCAGCGAAUUAUCGCGUGAUGGCGUCAGGCACUUUUUUUUAAAUUUACUUUCGUCGGGGAUGAUUGUAGCCUUGAAAUUUGUCCUUUGACAGAAUUAGAAAAGUAUGUAAGUUUUAAGUUCUCAAAUUUAAAAAUCGGUUUGUAAUCAUCUCUGUGUGUUUGGUAAUUUUUCUUUAAUUGUUUUUUCAUUAUUUUGUCAAUCUGUUUCAAUCCAAUAUUUUUCCUUACAUUAAAAAGAAUAAUUGAUCUUAGUUUUUAAAAGAUUGUUGUUCAAGUUCAAGUUAGUUUUGGAGUGUUUUUAAAUAAAUAAAACAAUAUAUAUAAGGCAGUUGCCCUAUUAUGUGUGGAUAUUGCCCAAACUCUGUGGGAGAAAGUUGCCCAACUUUGUGUGGAUAGUGCCCAAACUCUGUGGGAGACAGUUGUAAAACUUUGAGUGGAUAGUGCCCAAACUCUGUGGGAGACAGUUGCCCAACUUUGUUUAGACAGUGCCCAAACUCUGUGGGAGACAGUUGCCCAACUUUGUUUGGAUAGUGCCCAAACUCUGUGGGAGACAGUUGCCCAACUUUGUUUAGACAGUGCCCAAACUCUGUGGGAGACAGUUGCCCAACUUUGUUUAGACAGUGCCCAAACUCUGUGGGAGACAGUUGCAAAACUUUGAGUGGAUAGUGCCCAAACUCUUUGGGAGACAGUUGCCCUAUUAUGUUAGGAUAGUGCCCAAACUCUGUGGGAGACAGUUGCCCAACUUCUGUGUGAAACAGUUGCCCAACUUUGUUUGGAUAGUGCCCAAACUCUGUGGGAGACAGUUUCCCAACUUUGUGUGGAUAGUGCCCAAACUCUGUGGGAGACAGUUGCCCAACUUUGUGUGGAUAGUGCCCAAACUCUGUGAGAGACAGUUGUAAAACUUUGAGUGGAUAGUGCCCAAACUCUUUGGGAGACAGUUGCCCAAAUGUGUGUGGAAAGUUCCCAAACUCUGUGGGAGACAGUUGCCCUAUUAUGUUUGGAUAGUGCCCAAACUUUGUGUGGAUAGUGCCCAACUUCUGUGUGAAACAGUUGCCCAACUUCUGUGUGAAACAGUUGCCCAACAUUGAGCGGAUAGUGUCCAAACUCUGUGAGAGACAAUUGCCUGACUCUAUAUUGUUGAUUUGUAUAAAUUGCAAGCAGCCCAUUAGCUUUUCAACAUAAUAUUAAAUGUGUAGUAAAAUACAUAACAGAAAGACUUCAUUAUUAUUAUUAUUAUUUCAAAGUUGAUUUUGCAACUGAUUAUUUUGUGUUACAUUUUGAAUGCGG